CUUGCUUCGGCUUUCCUGUCUCUACUAGUCCAGAUAGUCUGCAUUAUUUGCCCCCAGUCGCUCUUUUCAAGCUGUCGUGUUUCGACGCAUCCUCUCCGCAUGGGAAAUUCAGUUAUACCCCUCUCUCUCUUAUACCUUUUCGUCGCAGCUGUACAAGCUGUUAAGAUACCAUUUCACGUCAAACACAACCACGGUUCUCACUCGCUUUCGCGGAGGACUACUGUGACCGGAUCCUCCAACACCUCGGGCAACAGCUCCAUACCGGUGGCGAAUACCCGGAAUGCGUUCUAUAUCAGCAAUAUAACGCUCGGAGGCGUCACCAAGCCGGUUAUGCUGGACACGGGAAGCUCCGACCUGUGGGUUACUGGGGACGUUCCGGGCACCGUGGAUACCGGGAAGUCGUUGACGUUGUCCUAUGCUGUGGGUGCAGCCAAAGGCAGUAUCAACACAGCGACCUUGACCUUCGACGAUUAUACGGUGGAGAACCAGGCGUAUCUUCUCGUAACUGACACGUCGAGCUUUUCGGCCAACAUCGCAUCCGAGGGCUACGAGGGCCUGAUUGGUCUAGGGCCGAACUCAGGAUCCGUCAUUCGCGACAAGCUCGACAGCGCGGCGGGCAACAAUGUCGUGAACAGAAUCUUCCAACAGAAUGAAACCUCUUCCAACUUUAUAUCAUUUCUAUUGGAUCGGCAGGACGAUCCGACAUCUUCAUUCACCGGUCAAUUGACGAUCUCCGAGAUCAUCCCAGGGUUCGAGAAGAUCAGCGACAUGGAGAAGAUGGACGUCGAGACUGUCAGAAGGUUGACGAAGCAGGAUCAACAUUGGUCUGUUCUAAUUGACAAGGAAGGCGUCAUUGGACCGGAUGGGAAUGUUAUUGAACACGACUCUAUCGUACAUGGUGUUCCCGAUGGACAGCUUGUGGCAGUCAUCGACUCCGGUUUCACUUUCCCGCAAGUUCCUCGAAAGGUUGCUGAUGCUAUCUAUGGUCGUAUCCAAGGCGCCGAAUAUUCCUCCUCAUCCGAGCUAUGGCUGCUUCCAUGCAACCAAGAAGUGAACCUGACCAUCAAGUUGGGCGGUUUGCCGUUUCCUGUGCACCCGCUCGAUACCAGUAGCGAUGACUUUGGCGCAACUUUCGCCAACGGUUCUACGGCCUGCGUAGGCACUUUCCAACCCAUCACUUCUGCAUUCAGUUUACUGGGAGAGUACGAUAUGAUCCUUGGUAUGGCAUUCCUGCGAAACGCCUACACGUUGCUCGACUACGGUGAUUUCAUCGAAGACGCAUCCAGCGACCGCGGUGAUCCCUUCGUGCAACUACUUCCCCUCACAGAUCCAUCCGAGGCACACUCCGACUUUGUCAAGGUCCGGCUCGGCGGGGUCGAUACCACCGGUGACUCUGCGCACCAGCUCCUGCCUGAGAGCGAGGCGCAGUCCUCUCCGGAGUCCAAGGCUGAGAAAGAGCAGCACUUAAAGGGCGAGGUUCUGCGAAACUGGCCCUACAUUUUUCUCGGCGCGCUGGUUAUCUUCCUCGCCAGUGUAGGACUCAUCGUUUGGAAAUGCUGCUGCAAGAGGCGAGGUGGUCAAACCAAGCCUAGGGCGAACGCCAUCCUGCCGCUGGCGUCCAAGCGGGAGAAGUAUAGAUCUCUAGAUGACUCUGCCCCGCACAUGCCUCUGCAGACGAUAGCGCAACAGCAGAAUAAUUACUACGUCGGUGGCCGUUGAUGCCCUACUGGCACAGGUUUAAAUAGCAUGUUGCUGUGUCCGUGUUGGUAGGUAGGUAGGUAGGUAGGUAGGUAGGUAGAUUGCCGACGAGGUCCCGGUAGCGGAACAGCCGGUUGCUGCGCUGCACGUACGCCACUCGUGCAGUCGACAGCGUGCCAUUGGAACGCCAGAUUUGUCGCUGCUAACUCGCGUUUCAGGAGCCAGUGCGCAUAGCCUCGGCCCGUCCAAAUAUCAUUCAUUUACAGCCU